AUGCAAGCAAGCAGGGUUUUGAAAAGGGUUCAGUACGACCAGUACGAUACGAUACGACACAUAGAGGUUUCAAAACUCGUAGAAGCAUCGCGAGAGUACAAGAUGCCGCUGUGUCUCACUUUCAUCGAUUUGAAGAAAGCCUUUGAUACACUGACCGAAGCGGUAAUGGAGGCGUCCGACAACCAAGGCGCCUCUACUCUAGAAGUGUCCCGCUUGACGCGAGUGAAGGAAGGGAUUCGAAGUUCUACUUCACCGAUAGAAGAUCGGAGGCGCUGGCGCAUAUGCCAAGGAGAAUAUCAUUAG